AUGUUCUUCAUGCUACUGCUUCUAUCCAUCGUGGUUGCUGUGGUCUACUACGUCACAUUGGAUCCGGUGGACAAUCCCGUUCCAGGGGAGUAUGAGGUAGGUUCGGAGAAAGGGACUUCGGAGGCUGGAAGCGUGAAGCGGUCAAAUGCCAGCCCAGAAAGUGAAGGCGACGAAAGUGAAUUUGAAGGUGCUCCAGUACCAGUUCCAAUCUACUUGGUAGGGCCAGUGGAAGUGAGGGACAUGAAGGAAAAAGGCGAAGAUUCAAAGCAGAGUAAAGGAAGAUCGGAAGGAAGUACUGGAACGGCAUCGAAAGGGAAAAAGGCAAAGAGCCAUCGCCGAGGCAGUAAACUCCCAGUUCCAACGAGUGCGGGAGAAGCUGGAGCUGAUGGGAAGACUUCAAAGGCUAAGAAGAGAAGUGGUUCAUCCGGCCGUCAUCGUCGUAAGAAGGAUGCAAGCAGCAGCAAAAGCAGUCGGACAGUUGGUUCAACAAGCGAUGGCGGGGAGGAAGCGUCUAAGUCCAAGUCCGCUGCAAAAUCCAAGGCCGAUGCUGGAAAAGUUCGCAGUCGCAAGUCUGGCGGGGGUUCUAAGGGUCGAAAGGGAAAGAAAGACGGAAGUCGUUCUCGCAGUCGAAGUGCAAGCAGUGGGAAAUCUUCUAAGAAGGACCGGAAGCAUGCUACUCCUAAAACGCCAUCAAAGAAGGAUCUGUCUAAGAAGCCGGUGGAGCUCUGA